AUGGCUAAGAGGGAUGACUACAUGGACAGCUCUUGCAGCUGCUCUAAUGGAACCCCUAAAAGGUUGCUGCAGGAUUGUAGCAGUUAUGCCCAGGCGCAUGCUAAGAAGAAAGUUCGCAUUAGCACAAGAACUGAGUACACAUACGCACCGUAUCAUGAUGGCUACCAGUGGAGAAAAUAUGGACAAAAGAUGAUCCGGGGCAAUACCUACCCAAGGUGCUACUAUAGGUGUACAUACCGUCAGGAUCGUGGCUGCCCAGCAACCAAGCAUGUGGAGCAAACCAAUUCCCAGGAUCCACCAUUGUUCCGGGUAAUCUACACAAAUGAGCACACAUGUUGCAGCACCCAUGUCUCGGAUUACAUGGCUUCAUCUAUACACAUCCAGCAGAUCGCCGAUGCUUCUUUGAGAAAGGUAGAGGUGAAAAUACCUAGCCUGACCCACUGUUUUGAUGGCCACGGAUUGAUAAAAGAAGAGAAUGAUGCCAUCAUCUCCUCCUUGCUCACGGCCAUCAGUGAUUGUGAUGUUGCAACAUCAGAUGGUGGGCACGCAGCCGUUCAAGAGGACACACCUGCUCGGAUGUCCAGAAGCAGCAAUGAGGCUAGCCCUUCGAUUUCACCUGUACUGUUGCCGGCAUCCGAUAACCUGAAAACAGAUUUCAUUGAGCAACUGGAGCCUCAAUGGUUCGAGCCUUUGGAUUUGGGUUGGUUCAUAGAAUAA